AUGGCCUAUGUCGAUAGUUAUUAUCUGGAAGACAGAGUCGAUGCGAAUGUGCAACGAAUCGGAGAUGACGAAGUAGACUCAUCUGAACCAGCAAUCAUUAUUGGUCAACCGAACGAGGUUGCUUCUGAUUAUUGCGGAUUUGUGAGCGAAGAAAUUCCGCCAAUCUAUCGCGAACAGCUUCGAGAAGCCGUCAAAUCCCAAAUGAUGCAACGGCCUCUGAAAUUGACAACGUCUAAUGCAACAAUUGUCAAAAAUCCAAAUCAACAAGAUCUCAAUGCUUCAAUUAUGGACAACAAGCGAUAUUUCGCCAAGCCGGCGGAAUACUCGAAAAAAUCCACCAAAAAGGAGAUCGUUGAAUCCGGCGGCUCAGCGUACGCUUGGGAAGAAACGAAACCAAUUGAAGCAAUCAGUCCGAUCACCAUUACGACAACUAAUUUAUAUACAAAUGAUUAUUAUACCACUGAUUGUCUAACUGUUCACGAUUAUAUUCCCGGAUUUUCGCCACCAACCCAAAACGAUAAUGUUCAAUAUCGCACGGAGUUCAAAUUGCCCAAGGCUAUGGUGGCCGAAGCUACCGCAAACAUUUUCCACGUUGCGCCGACCUCGAAUCGACUUUCGACGCUCUCCAUGACCGGUGUUGAAUCGAGUCAAAGCAAUGAUGUGAGCUCACUAUCGACGGCAAGAUUGGGUCCUGCUUAUGGCUGCCUGUCAACCAGUGGAAAUCAGAGUUUUGUCGGUAAAGACCAUGAUUACGCAGCGAAAUAUGCAGGAAUUGGGGCAUUCAAGCCAGUGAACACCACCGUUGAUUCGCAUUAUGUUGCCGCAACUCUUAAUUGA